AUGAAUCUCAAGAUGCGAAUACCCUUCAGUCCCUCUCUCGACGCCCAAGAGAAUCACUCAGACUCUUUACAUCGCCGAGAUGAGGGCACUGAUCCCAGGAAAAUUACCAUUAUUGGGAUUCUCGCUGGAUUGGUUGUAAUAAUCUUCCUUGCCUUUGUAUUUUUCUCCUUUCGCGCCUCCCGUCGGAACCGGAACACCUCAAAGACCUCUUCGCGCGGCGGCUUUCUAAAGAUAUGGAACACCGGUGCCAACCGGAGUAGGUACCAGCAGGCCCAGGACGAGGAGUCCAACUCGACGGAGCAACUAGCGAACCGCAACUCCCGCUCUCGCCCAACAUCCCUCGUCUUUGACGCCUCUGCCACCAAUCAGUCCCAGGCCGACAGCCGCUCCCCGAAUAGCGCCGUAAACCGCAACACCUCCAUCCGCUCCAUCAUGACUCUCCCAGCCUACAGGGUCGACGCGAACGACAACGAACAGGUCCUGGGUCGCGAAGGCGAACGCGGCGGUGUAGAUGUUGUCAUUGAGUACCCGACAGAGGAGAACGAGGAGGAAUUGCGCGACCAAGAAAUGGAGGCUCUGUACCAGAUUCGUCUGGCUCGCCGGCAGGAGCUUGCUGAGCGGGAGGAAAGGAGGAGGGAGCGUCGCGAAGCACGAGAUCGAGGCGACCACGUCGCUCUUGAGAAUAUCCGCACGAGAGCCCGCAAUGCCAGCAACAACAGCGCCGUUGCUGUCCUGCGCGAAGAACACGAACGCCUCAAGGCCGAACGUCAACGAAACGUCUCCAGCGUGUCAUACGCCGAUCUUGGCGUCGCCCGCCACGACGGUACGCGAAUUCGAGCCAAUAGUCAGGAAAGCGAGAGGAUGGGUUUGUUGUCGGACGCUGCUAGUAUUGCCGCCACCUCGACCCGAUCCGCACACAGGAGAGGGAGCUCCGUCAUGAGCAUCGACAGCGACCUUCCCUCUCCCGGGCUCACCAGAUCCCGGGCGAAUUCGCGACCUGACACGCCCCGCAUAGAUACCAGGGCCGGCUCGAGCCCCGAAAUCGCCGAGGCUGACGUCGGAGAAGCUGGUAUCCCUAUUUACUCUCCUCCCGGAUAUGAUGAAGUAUCCCUCGACGACGAGCGUUCCCGCAGCAACACCCCUCAGCCUCACGAGCAGCCUCCUCCAGGCUAUUCCGGGCCCGCUCAGCAGCGCGCCGAGAGCCUGGCCGCGAACAUGGCCGACUUGGCGGCGGAUGAGCAAGUAACAAGUGGUUCGACCGAAAACCAACAGAACAAGCAAAGACGGAUACCGCAAUUACCAAGCCUACGACUGCAGCAACUGCCGCAGAUUGUUAUCGAGCCGUCCAGCGCCAGACCGCGCGACGACGAGAGGUGA